AUGGCCGCCACCAUGAAGAAAGCGGCUGCAGAAGAUGUCAAUGUUACUUUUGAAGAUCAACAGAAAAUUAACAAGUUUGCAAGAAAUACGAGCAGGAUCACAGAGCUGAAAGAAGAAAUAGAAGUGAAAAAGAAACAACUUCAGAAUUUGGAAGAUGCUUGUGAUGACAUCAUGAUGCUUGAUGAUGGUGAUUCACUUCUGAUACCCUACCAAAUUGGAGAUGUCUUCAUUAGUCAUUCCCAAGAAGAGACACAAGAGAUGCUGGAGGCGGCAAAGAAAAGUUUACAAGAAGAAAUUGAAACGUUAGAAUCUCGAGUGGAAUCAAUUCAGAGGGUGUUAUCUGACCUGAAAGUUCAGCUCUAUGCAAAGUUUGGAAAUAACAUAAAUCUUGAGGCUGAGGACAGUUAAAGGUGUUCUAAAUAUACCAUACAACUUUUCCUUGUUUUAUUAAAUGUUUUGAUAACUUUGUUUCAAUUACAUUUAAAAAUAAAUCCACCACUUUAUUUUGGUUUUUUUUACUUUCCUGUUUUAGGUUCCAUCUAUUUAAUGAGAGCUUUCUUAUUUUGGUUAUUACAGUUAUUUAUUUGUUCAGGAAAGCAUUAGCUUCGUACUGUUGGUAAAGCAUCAAGAUUGGAAUAUUUGCAUUGUUUAUUAAAGUAAU